UCCUCUGCACAAACUUUAACCACCUAGGUUUUACUUUAUUAUUCCAUGAUCGUCCAGUUUGCCAAAGUUUGAUGGGAAGGAGUUAGUAUUUGAGACAUAUUUUUCGUCCCUCACUCCCUCGGUAGACGUAUCUAGUCUAGCUAACCCUAAGUUCUCACUCCUUGGAACAGCGGAGGGCUUUCUCUACCUUCUGUAACAGCGGCGGCCUCUCCUCUCUUAGAAUUCACUUUACCUGACUUUCUGUUACACAGUGUUUGAAGCCAUGGCUUUGACACUGCAUUCAUCGGCUACAAACAAGAAUGCAUUCAAAGCACUUAUUGCUGCAGAGUAUACUGGUGUAAAAGUAGAACUGGUGAAAGACUUCCAGAUGGGUGUAUCAAACAAGACUCCUGAGUUUCUUGAGAUGAAUCCCAUCGGGAAGGUUCCUGUGCUUGAAACGCCUGAUGGUACGGUAUUUGAAAGCAAUGCCAUUGCACGCUACGUUGCUAAGUUGAAGCCUGACAAUCACCUCUUUGGAUCUUCAUUGAUUGAUUAUGCCCAUGUUGAGCAGUGGAAUGACUUUUCGGCAACUGAGAUCGAUGCAAACACAGGUCGAUGGUUGUACCCCCGACUUGGAUUUGGUGUACAUUUGCCACCGGCUGAGGAGAUUGCAGUAGCUGCAUUGAAGAGAGCCCUUGAAGCCUUAAACACCCAUCUUGCAUCUAACACUUACUUAGUUGGGCAUUCUAUCACAUUAGCUGACAUUGUUAUGACCUGCAACCUUAGUGUUGGAUUUAAGCUGAUCAUGACAAAGUCCUUCACUAAGGACUUCCCUCAUGUGGAGAGAUAUUUCUGGACUAUGGUUAACCAGCCAAAUUUUUCCAAAAUCUUGGGUGAGAUUAAACAAGCAGAAUCUGUUCCACCUCCGCCAUCAAAGAAGCCCGCUGCACAGGCUAAGGAGUCUGCAAAACCAAAAGAAGAACCGAAGAAAGAAGAAGCAAAACCUAAGGAAGAAGGGGUGGAAGAAGAGGCACCCAAGCCAAAGCCAAAGAACCCUCUUGAUCUUUUGCCUCCAAGCAAAAUGGUUUUGGAUGACUGGAAGAGGCUCUACUCUAAUACUAAAACAAACUUCCGUGAGGUUGCCAUUAAAGGUUUUUGGGACAUGUAUGAUCCUGAGGGAUACUCUCUUUGGUUCUGCGAUUACAAAUACAAUGAUGAGAAUACAGUCUCUUUUGUAACUUUGAAUAAAGUUGGCGGUUUCCUUCAGAGGAUGGAUUUAGCACGGAAGUAUGCUUUUGGUAAGAUGUUGGUGAUUGGUUCGCAGCCCCCAUUCAAAGUCAAGGGGCUGUGGCUCUUUCGAGGCAAAGAAGUUCCUAAGUUUCUAAUGGAUGAAGUGUAUGACAUGGAACUGUAUGAGUGGAAGGAGGUUGACAUCAAUGAUGAAGCUCAGAAAGAGCGGGUCAACCAGAUGAUUGAAGAUCAGGAGCCUUUUGAAGGAGAGGCUCUUCUGGAUGCAAAGUGCUUCAAGUGAGUAUUGACCCGCUCCCGAGUUGAGGCUUCCAUAGCUCUCAAGUCAGUAGGGUUUUGAAUUUGGUAAUGCAGUUUCACUCCUUUUCCUUUAGAACCGUAUAUUCCUAUAUUUUGAAGUGUCUCCGGAUGUUUCUGUAUGUAAUACAUGUGCUUGAUCUGAACCAAAAUUUUAGAUAGUAUUCAAUCGCAGUACUAUGGAAACUACUUUUUUUCGGUGAUUUUUUAAUGGAGAUUACAACUAUCACUUUCGCAGCGUUUUCAGAGAGCCAUAUACUCCCUCCGUUUCUGAAACAAGUUCCACAUUUGACUUCACACAUAUUAAGAAAAUAAAUUUGAUUU